AGAGAUGCGUUCCCUCCGGCCGCGAUAGCCGCUUCUCCUCUUAGUAUUCGCCUCGCGGGGCAUCUGGGUGCGCCGAACGCCCCUCGACCGAGACGGCAAAACCAGAGCAACCCCGCACCCUCCGGGAGCAGCGGUGGCGGCAGCGAGCGGUGCGAGACGCGCACGCCUGGCUGCCAAAUCCAGCUGCCCCGCUGCCGCAGCCGCUCACGGCUCCGCUGGGCUGCCCACCCCCUCCGCCCGCCGCCGCCCGGCCCCUCUGCUGCCCGGCCCCUCCGCCCGCCGGGGCGGUGGUAGGCUCCCGCCGUGCUUCCUGGCCCAUAAAGGCAGGCGGCGGGGGCCGGUCGCGGGCAGCAGUUGGAGGCUAUGGAGGAGCAGCCGGCGGUGAUGGAGCAGCCGGUGCAGACGGAGGUGUGGAAGCCGCAGAGUCUGGAAGAGCUGGUCCGCAUCCUCCAUCGGAUAUUCGCCGAGGAUAAAGUCAGCGUUGAGGAAGUGCAGGAGCUGAUGGAGUCGUACGAGAGCAACCCCGAGGAGUGGCUGCAGUACGCCAAGUUCGACCAGUACAGGUACACAAGAAAUCUUGUGGACAAUGGAAAUGGAAAGUUCAACUUGAUGAUCUUGUGCUGGGGUGAAGGGCAUGGCAGCAGUAUCCAUGAUCACACUGACUCACACUGCUUUAUGAAGAUCCUCCAGGGAAAUCUAAAGGAGACUCUGUUUCAGUGGCCUGAGAAGAAGGGGAAUGGUGAAAUGACUAAGAAAUCAGAAAGAGUUUUGAGGGAUAAUCAAUGUGCCUACAUUAACGACUCUAUUGGCCUGCACCGUGUGGAGAACAUAAGCCACACAGAGACUGCCGUUAGCCUGCAUUUGUACAGCCCGCCCUUUGACAGCUGUAACACCUUCGAUCAGAGGACUGGACACAAGCACAAAGUCAAGAUGACCUUCUACAGCCAGUUUGGAGAAAGGACUGCAUGUGUAAAACACACAGGCAACAGCAGUGCCACAGGAGAACAACUGAGAAGCACCAGCACAUGUUUGGAUAGGACCUGCUGAAUGUUAAACUGGGGAUAGAAGACCUGCAUGGCUAAGGCCGACAGUCAGCUAUAUCUCUAUGCCUUGUACAUAGGAGUACACUAGAUCAGCUUCCAGGCAUCUGCAGUUCCCCCCGAGUGAAUGCUGAUUGUGGGACGCUAAGCUAACUAAUGCCAUAAACUACUUCAGAGGUUAGGUGCUCCUGUCAGAAUUAAGUAGUUUGUGUUCUGAUUCUAGCCUCCUUUUAAUUCCGCUUCUGAUACCACACUGAGAAUAUCAGAAAUAGGGAUUUUAAACAUCAUCUAGCACUACUUAAUAGGUCUACAUAUAUGUAUGCUCUCAAUGUAAUUAAUAACUGUAUAAACCUCUAAGCUUCCAGUCACUUGUACCUAUGGGUAGUACACUAGAUACAACUAACAGCAGAUCUUUUGUUUCGUUGUUUGGGUUGUUUUUUUUUUUUUAAUUAAGACUUUUAGGAUUUAAUGCUCUAGGCCAUUUUGAUGGUUUUGUGCAUUUUGUUACUUUUUGUUUUGUAAAAUUUCAUUUGUCAGAUCAUGUUUUAACUAGGAGCAGUGAAAUGCUUCAUGCAUAAUGAUUUUCAAACCUGACUGGGCAGAGAUUUGGUUUUAUAAUAAGGCUAAUGAUGCUUAAUUCAGCAAAUGUCCAGUUUCCAAAGUGUUCUGUAUAGCUGCUGAAGAAGCUAACUGAAAUAAAACUGGAUUUGUGCACAGA